AUGAAGCAGGAAAAUAGCGCAGAAAACUCACCGGACAAGGAAACAUUCUGCAAGUCUCUCUAUGAAUUCGACGGGUACAGUGAUAGCUCCCAGGAUGUUGAUGAGCUUGCAGUACUGCUGAGGCAGGCAAGGAAAAGAAAUUUUCCCAACCGAACGCUAUCACGAAGUCCAGGACCGGAGAAACAUAAUAUGUUCUCAGAUUGCCAUAGCUUGAAACGACAUAAAAUCAGUGAUGGCCAGGAGGAUAUCGAACCUACGGCUGUGCCAUCAGACAGAAGGCCACCCGUGAGAUCUGCAGCCCUAAUGAGACGAUCAACAGUGGAUGGUGUUUCUGGAAAGUCAUCAACUGCGAAGAGAAGACAAAAGUCCACAAUUCGCGUCCGGCCGGAGCACCAGCAAAUAUUUAAGGAUAUGGUGUUUUUUUUCAUUCCUAAUAAUGACGUCGCUCCUGCACGUCGCAUGCGGAUCAAUAAGGCGCUUGAAUUCGGAGCUUCCCGUUUACUCUCAUGGAAUGAUACAGUGACUCAUGUGGUAGUAGAUAAAACAAUAUCCUUCAGUGAUGUAUUAAAGUAUUUGAAGCGAGAUGCGUUACCGUCCUCCGUGUUUUUGGUAAACGAAUCUUACCCGGCGGAGUGUAUCACAUUUGGUUCGCUCAUGAAUCCGUGCCAUACUCGCUUUCACGUCAAUGGAGCUCCCGUGGGGUGUAAAAGGAGUAUCAGGGCAUUAAGGGCAGACGAGUCUGGAAUGCACGAUUCGCCACAUUUGAAGCCUGCUCUCCAUGUGGACAACCUGGAAACUCCCGCUGCAUCACAAACGAUAUGCCAAGCACCUCACAAUACUCCAUUUCGACCAACUUCUCCCGAUGCUCACCGCCCACAUGAUUACGAUCAUGUAGUCGUGCAGCCCUCUGUGAGGGAACCUGAUAUCCUAGAUGAAGUAACUGAACAAGCCAGAGCAGAGGAUGGCCUGCCUUUAGAUGAAUUGGAUGAUGCAGAGCUGCUUUCCGAUUCGGAAGCACAUUCAAGCUCGGAUUCGGAAGCUAGCAAACGAAAGGAUGCAAAACAAAAGAAAAGUUCUGCUGGAGAUCCGAAGUGGCAGCAGAGUUUCAGUUGUAUGCACAAACAUGAUGGACACACAGACCGGGACAAUCCAAAUGCUCGUACGAUUGAGAUUUUGCUGCAGAUGUCGGAAUACUAUGAUCGCAAUUCCGAUCGGUGGCGUACACUUGCUUAUCGAAAGGCCAUUAGUGCCUUGCGAAAGCGAAAACAUAAGAUAGUCACAAAGGAUCAAGCUCUUGCAAUUCCAUGUAUUGGCGAACGACUCGCGAGUAAGAUUGAAGAGAUCGUCUGGACCAACAGACUUCGACGACUGGAAGAAGCCAAGAUGGAGCCGCAGGAUAUGAUUCUCUCCAAAUUUUUAAAUAUCUACGGGGUCGGUUUCACACAGGCGUCAAAAUGGAUUCAAAAGGGCUAUCAAUCCUUGGAGGAUCUGAAAUCCAAGGCAUCCCUGACGAAGAACCAGCGCAUUGGCAUCGAGCAUUACGACGACUUCAUGCAACGAAUUCCGCGCGCAGAGGUCGAAGCACACGUUGCUAUUGUAAAAGAGGCGAUUUGCAAUGUGGAUCCAGCUGUGCAGGUCUUCGUAGGAGGUUCCUAUAGACGCGGCGCUUCAAGCAGCGGAGAUAUAGACCUUAUCAUUACCAAGGAUGGCGCUUCGCAGAGCGAGAUCUGCGUGAUGAUGACGGAUAUAGUUAUCCCGGAGUUAUUCAGGCAGAAUUUCCUGCAGGUGAGUCUUGCAGUGGGUCAUCGGGGGCAGGGUUCGAAGUGGCAUGGGGCAUGCGCUUUACCUGGAAACCCUGUCUGGCGCAGGAUUGAUUUUCUCUUUGUGCCUGGGGAUGAGAUUGGGGCGGCUCUGAUUUACUUCACUGGCAAUGAUAUUUUCAACCGGAGUUUGCGGUUGCUGGCAAGCAAGAAGGGGAUGUGUUUAAAUCAGCGGGGUUUAUUUGCGGAUAUAAAACGGGGUGAGAACAGAGUCAAGGUGCACAGCGGACAUCUGCUUGAGAGCCGGGAUGAGAAGAGAAUCUUUGAGAUACUGGGUGUGCCGUUCCGUCCACCUAACCAUCGUAUUUGCUAA